AUGGCUAAAAAGGGGGGGAUCGGGGUGGCGGCGGUGGCGGAGGAGGUGGGGCUCGCGUGCGCGAAGACGGUGGCCGGGGACAAGGAGUUCUUUCUCUGGGAGUCGAGCACCGCGUAUCUCUCCGCUGCCAGGCUCAAUGUGAGAUCAAACCCUAACCAGUUUUUACUCGAUUUCUGCUUAAUUAAAGUGAGGGAAAUAGUAUAUUUCUUACAUUUGACAGUAGAGUUCAGGAUAAAAGAAACUCAGAAACUCUUCUACACAUCUCGGGCCACUGUUUAUGUGAUGCCUGUCGCAAGUUUAUGAGUUCUCCGACAACUUCAAGUAAGAAGUUAUGGCCAUAUAUAAUGUGUUAGAUAAUAAUAUGUUGUUGUCAUAUCGAUGAAUUUGCAUAAGAUGAAGGAUUUUGUGUGCUCUGCGUAUCUAUACGAGUGUAUCAUCGGCAUACUUUGUUAUCUUACGUGGUAGCUUUUGCUCGUGAAGCGUACAAUUUAUGAUUAAACUUAUGGCCUACGAGAUCAUCUUCCGGUUUUUUGAACUGUUAGCUUCAUU